UAAAUAUUGAGCCUUUUUGUAUGUUUUAAAAGUCUCGUGAAAAAUGUCAUCACAAAUGGCUGGAGAUACGCUUCGAGUUUUGCAUCUACCAGCUCAUUUGAGUGACAGCCAGAGGGACGUUCUGCUCAAGAAAUAUGGAGCCACAAAGACAAGGACCGUUAGAAAGUCCGAUAAGUAUGCCGCAACGUUUGCUGCAUUUCCAUCGAAGCAUGCAGCUACGGAAGCGUUUCUGCGCCUGCAUCAGCUGCAGGUGAAAGGACGCUACCUUUCGGUGGAGUUUGCCAAACAAUCGAUUCCCUCUGACUCGUCGGCAGAGUUAUUAGAGGCAGUGGGUGCUGGAAAGGACGGUGCUAAAGACUCGUCGCAUACGGAGCAUCUGCAAGCUUUUCUGAAGCAAUUAAAUAGCUGGACAGGAAAUCAUGUAUUUACACAACCGCCAUCUCCUAAUGUUUGUUACAAGUAUCCAUCGCCCACAAAGAACACUCUGUUGAGGAUAGCGAUUCAGCUUUUAAAGGAACCGGCAUUUUACACACAGGUAUUACAUUUAAUGAACAGAAUGAACUUGCCUCCCCCAUUUGAGGAACUAGAGGGAGAAUUUCCAAUGCUGGCAGAGGCGUACGACAUGGAGAGGUAUAAGAAUAUUUUUGGAAUCCGUAGAACGGGUAAGGAUGACGGUAGAGAAGAUGAGGAUGAAGAAGAGGAAGAAUCGGAGCUCGAGUCCGAAGAGGAACAAGACAGGCCUGUGGAAGUGAUCCCAGCGAAACGGAAACGUCUUCAGCCGACAAAACGUCUGAAGAUCCCUAAAUUUGUAAAUCCUGCAAAACAAAAGAUUUCCACCGCGAGUCAAAGGCCAGUGAGGCCGGAAGAUGUAUUUGAGCCUGUGCAACACGACGAGGCAAAGAAUGUGAAAAUCGAGAUGAAAUUGUCGGAAACUGUGAUGAAUAGUGCGGAAACAAUACCUGAGAGCAGAAUGGAAGUAGAAAGUGGUUUUGGUCUGAUGUUCCCGGCGAAAAGAGAUGAGGAGGAAGAAUCUAUGCCUCGAGUCUCUGACGAUGACUCCGAAGUACAGGAAUGUAUCACGUCGGAACAGCUAGCAAGUAACAGGAUAUCUGCGAAUGACCAGAGACUGCUUCCCGUGUUUAAAAACUACCACGCUGGGAAACCGUCUUGUCGUUUGUAUAUAAAAAAUCUUGCGAAGCAAGUAGAGCCAAAGGACCUCGACUUCAUCUAUAGGAAGUACCUACUUCCAAGCUCAGAAAAGUUCGAAUCAGAGUUUAAUGUAAGAUUGAUGCAGGAGGGACGGAUGAAAGGGCAAGCAUUUGUCACGCUGCAAAACCUGGAGCAAGCCCAUUUAGCUCUCGAGGAAACUAACGGCUACAUAUUAAAGGACAAGCCGAUGGUCGUGCAAUUUGCGAAAGCACCAAAGAGCUAAUCUCGAAUCAAAGACAAAGACUGCUUCUCUAUUUAUACCGCUCUAAUUUAUACAGCGCGUUGUUGUACAUAUAUAAAUAUAAAGUAAUACGGUUUGGAUUUGGAGAUGGAACACAGUAACGAUACGAAUAAUUUAUAAUUCGUAAAUUCACGUGGCCUUUCGAAAACGAAGCAUAACAAUUUGGAACAUUACAAUGAUAAAACAUUACACGUUCCCGAAGGAAAUAUCGCGAUAAGUUUCAUAAAUGCAUGCAGACCAAAAUUCUAGAUCCUAUCUUGGACCCAAAGUACUUAAAUGACUUAAAUUGCAUUAUUGCCGGAAAGAGCUUCAAAUGAUACAUCAGAACUUCUUUUGUCGAUUAAAGUUUGACUGAACAUUUUUCAACGACUUCGCGUCAUAAUCAAUUUCGUUGGAUUUCAAACGCGGUGAAAUUCC